GUGGGCCACGGCCUCCGCCCCCCCCGCCGCGCCACCCCACCCGAGACGAUGUCCGACGGGUAUGCCGCCGCGCAGGCCCGUAAGGAGGCGUAUCUCGCGUCGCUCAUCCUCCAGGACGUGGAGAAGCGCGGCGAGGCGGUGCGCGAGCGCGGCGUCACCGCGUGGGCGCAUCGCCCGAGGGAGCGCGAGCAGGUGAACGAGCGCUUCCUGCGGAACACGCUGCGAGGGGUGGACUCGAGCAACAGGCGCGUGGAGCAACAGGCGGUGCGGUCGGGUAGCCCCGCGCCGGGAGCCGGUGGCGCCAAGCGAGUGCGUCCGGAGGACGUCGUCGUGGACCACGGGCGCGGAGGCGCGGGAUCUACCCGCCGGGGGUCGGAAGGCACCUCCUCAUCCUCAUCCUCCGCGGCGGCGUCCUCUUCCGACUCCGAGCCGGAUGCGAAGCCGAGCGCGGGGAAUGGGAAGGGCGGGAUGAGGGACGAUGAGCUCGCCGAGUUUCUCUCCAGGCCGCGGGUCAAGCGCGGCAGGGGCGCCGUGGGCUCCAGAGCGGACGAACCCGGCCCUUUUCUCCCCGGAGGAGGCGCGGAGCACAAGGUGGGGGGGUACUCUCUCGUGUUGGCGAAUGAGGAGACGCGGCGAAACGACGCGAGGAUCGCGGCGAUGCGGGACGAGGCGAAACGGAAGGAGCGGAAGAAGGCGGAGAAGAGGGAGAAGAAGGAGCGCAAGAGGGAGCGAAAGGAGGGCAGGUCCGAGAAGAAGAAGCGACGGCGGUGACGACGAGCUCUCGAGGGCGCUUCUCUCGUGAAACGUUAUUAAACUCGCUCGCUCGCUCUUAAACUCGCUCGCUGGGCCUGGUGAGCCGGCGGCUCCGAUAGAAUACACUCGUAGCGGUAGGCGACACGACCGGUCGAAAUCAAAAAUACAGGAAACCGAAGCAGUU